AUGAGUGACAAUCAAACAGUGACCAAAUUUCAACAUUUACCCAAUGAAAUUCUAAUGAAAUCUUUUCGAUAUCUCAAUGCUUUACAAAUCUUUGAUUCAUUCGAUCGAUUAAAUUCUCGAUUCAAUACUCUCAUCCGAUAUAUUCCAUUACAUCUCGAUUUUCAAUAUUUCCCGCAAGCGCUAUGUCAACGAUUUUGUCAAGAAAUGUUACUUGAUGCUCGAAUGAAGGAAUACAUUUAUUCAUUGCAUUUAUCCAACAAAGAUUCUGGUCUUUGUAUUCCAUUCUUUUGUGAAAUGUUUUCGCUGCUUGAUUUUCCAAAUUUACGAUCAUUAACUUUAACCGACGUUAAUGUGACGAAUUCGGACGAAUUAUUUGCCAUGCUGUGCUCGAUGUCUUCAUUAACAUGUUUUCGUAUGAAUGAUAACAGAUUUUUCUUGCCCGAUACAUUACCAUCCUCUGGAAUACGAAUAUUAUCGGUGUGCAAUUUUCGUGGAAAAUUAAAAUAUUGGGAUAGAUUUUCAUCGCUAACAAGUUUAACUAUUCAUCACUGCGUUAAGAACGAUUUACUUCGAGUAUUGAAUGAUAUACCUACGCUGAAAUAUCUACAGAUCAAUAGCGUAUCGGGAUUUAUACCCGACUUCGAGGAUGAAGACUUCCACUUUACUCAUUCUCUUCAACACUUGAUUAUUGAAAGUUCGGAGUAUUAUGAAAUCGAAAUGAUAGUCAAAUACAUACCAAAUUUAGAAUAUUUGACAUUAUCUACCAAUUCUAACGGCCGUCAACCGACUGCUCAGCAAUGGGAAUGUUUAAUAAAAACUUACUUACCUUCUUUGAAGGUGUUCAAGUUUUGUUUUAAGUAUUAUGACGCAGAGAACGAAACAUUUACGGAAGAAAACUGCAAAGAAUUUCAAAGUGAUUUUUGGUGUAUCGAACAUAAUUGGAUGACUGAAUAUAUAUUAUCAUACGAUAAAGCCAUGGUCUAUACCGUGCCCUAUGAAUUUUCUACAUUCUACUUACACUCGAGUAUGAAAAGAUAUUGCAAUAUGGCAGUAAACGACAGAGAUAUAUUUAAUAAUGUAACAGAAUUAUCAAUUCAUACUGAUAAGACAGUAAUAUAUGAUGAUUAUCUUUCUUAUGAAGGCCUUCCCAGUCAAGAGACAUGGUUUGAAUUGCUUACAACGAACAAAAUAGAACCGAUGAUCAGUUAUUUCUCUAAUGUAAGACAUUUAGAUAUGUCACAUGUUCGUAAAUUAAAAAGUUCAUCAGUACUGUUAGAAAUACUGAAAGGAACUCCACGAUUAUCAUCAUUGACUAUAACUUCAGAUCUACUCCAAUCGUUGUGGAAUGAUAAUGAAUUGUGUCAAUAUUUCAACCGAAUGAUUCACCAAUUAGAUGUUACAAAUCCAUCGUAUUUCAUGAUUAAUCGUACCAUUUUAGAAAAGUUUUGUCAAGUAUUUUCCAAUGUUGAAUAUUUGCAAUGUGGAAUCGGUGACAAAGAUCAGAUAUUUUUUAUCUUAGAGUAUCUAUCAAAAUUAAUACGUGCAGAUUUUCUUUUGGAAGGAUCCGCUCGUGGUAUUGAUAUUUCACAGUUAGAACAAGAAAUACGACAAUUAUCCAUGAAUGUAUACAUUGAUCGUGUUGGCUUCUAUUCAACAACUAUGGUUUGGAUUGAUAGAACAAUGGCAGACAAUCAAACAAGAACAUGA